AUGUCUCUUAGUGAUGCUAUGAUAAUAGCACCUUCGAUAAAGAAGUAUGUGAAGGAUAUGACGUCUCCAAAUUAUCCAACUGCUGAACAUAGCGUGAUGAUGGUGUCAGAGGAAGUAAGCGCCAUGAUUCAAGGAGAAACUCCAGCUAAGAGGCCUGAUCCUGGUAGUUUCGUCCUAGAUUGCAAUAUACAGAACACUCGUUUUCCUCGAUCACUAUGUGAUCUUGGCUCUAGCGUAAAUCUUAUGCCUUACUCCGUUGCAGUAACCUUGGGAUAUAACGAGUUUAUGACAACUCCGAUAACCUUGGUUCUAUCUGAUCGAUCUAUCAGGGUACCUGAAGGAAUUCUCGAGGACGUUCUCGAACCAAAAGACCCCCUCAUUCUGGGUCGGCCAUUCCUACCAACGGCUGGAGCAAUCAUUGAUGUGAAAGAAGGAUGGAUAAAUUUGAACAUCGGGGACAUCUCGAUGAUCUUUGAUAUGGAAAAGCUAAUCAAGCGACCCUUGAUAGAUGACCAAGCCUUCUAG